AGCCCGUGCUGUGGGGCCCGGGAGACCCUGUUGGCGGGCGGGGCGUCCGCAGCGACGGAGACAAACGGCCUCAGAGCUGAACAGCGUCCGGUACAGGAGAGGGAGGGAGAGAAUUACCUAAACUCUGGCAAAAUGAACGGUUGCCGAGUUUUUAUCGGACGCCUGAGCCCUCAGGUGAGGGAGCGCGAUGUGGAAAAGUUCUUCAAAGGGUACGGGCGGAUUCGUGAGAUCGAUCUCAAGAGAGGCUUCGGGUUUGUGGAAUUCGAUGAUCCCCGUGACGCAGAUGAUGCCGUUUACGAACUGAAUGGUAAAGAGCUGUUCCGAGAGAGGAUCACGGUGGAGCUGGCUAAGGCCCCUCCUCGGAGAGGCGGCAGAUUUGGCAGCAGGUUCAACUACCAGCGAUCCAGGACCGAGCGCAGCAGCGGACAGAGAUACGGGCCGCCCGUGCGUACAGAGUAUCGCCUGAUCGUCAAGAACCUCUCUUCCCGUGUCAGUUGGCAGGAUCUGAAGGACAUCAUGCGCCAGGCUGGUGAAGUGACCUUCACUGAUGCUCACAGAACUCACAAUAAUGAAGGUAUUGUGGAGUUUGCUUCCUACAGCGACUUGAAAAGUGCCAUUGAGAAGCUGGAUGGCAAAGAGAUCAAUGGAAGGCGGAUUCAGCUGAUUGAGGAGUCUAGACAUCGCAGAUCCUGGACCAGAUCCCGCUCCAGAACCUCCACCAGAUCCCGGAGUAACAAGGGCUCCCGGAGUGUGUCCCGGUCUGCCAGCCGGUCUCGGAGCCGCUCGCGCUCCCCCAGCAGGUCCCCGCUCCGUGUCGCCCAACGCACCCGAGCCGAGUCCCGCUCCCCCCAGGGAGAGCGACGACGGCAGCCGCCCCCAUCCCGAUCCCCGUCCGACUCCCCCCGCAAGUCAGCCCGCUCCUGGUCAGGCUCCCGGGAACAGUCGCCCGUCAACAGCGCAGAGUAAGGCAGCGUCUCGUCUCAUAUCGGACGUUUUAUAACUUGUUUAGAAAAGAAAGAAAAGAGAUUUUCUAAGGAGCCUGAUGUUAAUUUUGAAACCUUCCUUUCUGUUUGUUAGUGAGUUUGGGAUUUAAGCGUUUAAGAUAUUCCCGUCCCCCCCAUUCCCCCCCCCCCCCCGUAUAAACUUUAUGAAGAUUAUAAUAAUCCAUUGUUUGGCAUAAAAUGCUGCGAUCUGUUUCAGGUGUCUGUAUCAGUUCUAUUUUUGAUGUGGGUGGGGGGGGGGGCGGGGAGUGGAAGGAUUGGUGAAGGAGGAAUGUUUU